AUUUUACUACCCAUAAAUCCAUCAUCCAUUUUAUGUUCUUGAUGUGAAUAAACCGAAGACAAAAAAAUUCAAAAUUCGGCGGAGGUCAGCAAUCCCAGAUUGACAAUGGACACAGCGGAUCCAGAUCGAUCCCCCGCAAACGCCACUCCCGCCGCUACUGCUACCACCACCGAUGACCCGCUAAACAAUCCCUACUACGGCUCGCUAAACGAUCAUUGCCACGAUCUCGCCGUCCUGCAGGACCUGGCCUGCCGAGGGGCCUGGCGGUCGGUCCUCGACAAGGUCGGCCACGCUCGUUCUCUUUCCCUCCUCACGAAGCCCCACGAGCACCUCAUCUACCUCACUUACAAUGUCCUUGCUCUCACGAAGCUCCGCCGCUUCCCCGACGCCAGCAACGAACUCAACGCCGUGCUUGAAGGCGACGAUUUUGAGAGCUCACAGUACCUAUAUGAAACUUACCCUAAUCAUUACCCCAAUUCCAGUGGUUCCAUGGUCCCCUUUGCCCUCCGGUGGAUCCACGCCCAUCUCCCCUCCGCACUAGGCCAACGCCAGCAGGCUCUAGACCGCCUCUAUUCCCUCCUUGAUUUCAUUCGAUCCAAAAAACUAAAUACCAACGCAUUGUCUUCAAGGUCUAAACUUUCCGAAGGUUUGUGGAGGAGGCGCGAAUGUUUUGUGAUGAAUACAAUAAUCAGUUACCACUUGAGUCAGAAGGAGUUCAAGGUUUGUUUUGAUUUGCUCAGCGAAUUGAUCGGGAAAAGAGAGUGUGGGAAUGAUCCAUUCUUGUUGUCAAAAUUAGGAUACGUUCAGAUGCAGUAUGGGGAUGUGGAUGGUGCAAAAAGGACAUUUAAAGCAGUAGAAAACAAGAUAGAAAAUGACAGUGACGUGAGGUUGAAGAAUUUAGUGAGCAGGAACACGGCAUUGAUAUAUAUACUAGGAAAGGACUAUGCUUCUGCAGUGAGGGAGUAUGAGCAAUGCAUAGAAAGGGAUGGGGGGAUGGAUAUAGUGGCGCUAAACAACAAGGCAUUGUGUUUGAUGUAUUUGAGGGACUUGUCGGAUGGGAUCAAAGUGUUGGAGAAUGGCUUGGAGCGAGUUCCCACAGUAGCACUGAAUGAGACUGUGGUGGUUAAUCUGUGUAGUAUGUAUGAACUGGCAUAUGUCAACCAUGUCGAUAUAAAGAAGACUCUUAAUAAUUGGAUUGCUAGGGUUGCUCCAGAUGACUUUGAUUCGGCUUGUACACGGAUAUGAGGUGAAGUUAUAUGUUUGAAAUUAUUAUAGAUUGUCAUUGUUGAAUGCUUGUCGUGUAGAGUUUCAAUUUUUAAUGCAAUGUAUUUUCAUCCGGAUUGUUCUUUGGGUUAAACCUGAAACUGUCUUCGCAUGUGCCCUACUAAAUUGGGAUAGUCAUACAUGUUUGGUCUUGGUGCAAUUUGAAAAGCAUAGAUGUUCAUGUUCACUGUGUAAGUUUUCUGAACAUGUUUGAAGGAAAAAGUUAAUUGUAGGAAUGUCAUAUUAUCAUGGUAAUAAAAGCAUAUAAAUGACCUAACCUCAUUCCGUGAGACUAACUUUUCCAAAAUACAAAGCGGAUGGGAGGCAUAAUGCCUAUGGUUUCAGUGUGAUCCCAUACGGUGGCAUAGGCAAAGCAUUGGGCACCAGAGCAAGCUUUCCGAUCUACAGGCUUGUUUCGUGGACCCACAGUGCAAAGUUUGGAGGUCGGCAGCAUACAGUUGAAGGAAACAACAGGGAUCUUUAAUUGGCGAUAGGCAGGAGUCAGCAAGGCUCUUGUACCGUGAAGUUGAGGCUUCAGGGGAGUACACUGAAUGAGAUGAACAAGGAGCAAGGUGAGUUUGAUGAUUUAGAAUAGGUCUAAGAUCAUUUAGUCUUAGAGGAAGAAGAUGAAGUGUUUAUGGUCUGUCCCCCUCCUAAACCGCCGUCAUUGAGUGAACGGGUGGAUAGGGUUGGAAGUUGACGUUUCAAGUUUGGAUAGGGCCACCUGCAGUUUUUUGCUUUAUAUUUAUUUCAAGUUUUAUUUUUCUUUUGUCAUAUUAUUUACCUUAUUUUUGAAUUGUUUGUGUUUGUGGCAAGUCUUGAGAUGUAUAGUUUAGUUGUUAUCGGAGGUAUUGAGACUUUUGUAGUCGUUAAUUGCUUAAAAGCUCCCUCAUGUUUAGCGAAAAGUUUCGCUCAAUUGUGGGUGAACAGUGAACUGAAAUCCCUUAAAGGGGACUCUUUGGCUAUUGUGAGUCUAGUGAAGUGGUGAAAUGUACUGUGACCUUGAAGUUUAGUAAGAAUUUUAUGGUGCUCGUUUGGUGGUCAACGAUUCACACUGCUUCUUUGGAGGUGCCCGACUCAGAGUUUGCUUGUAGAGCAUUUUUUAGUCUAAACGGAGUGUUUUGGAAGAUAGGUGGUAGUUUUUGAGCUAUUGAAUAGCUGUAACUCUUGAUUUGAUUGGUAUUUUAAUAUAAGUUCUUUCUCCUUUCAAAAAAGCUUAUAAAUGACACGUAAGGAGCUACGAAGUAAAUUAUUAUCAAGCGAUUAAAUUUCCAAAUACAGUAUCUUUUAAUUAAAUAAUGUAUGUAAAGUGUUGAGAUGGUUGUUUGUCCGGACUUUUCAUUUCAGAGGUUUAAGCAUUUCUCAAACCCAACAGAAAAGGAAAACAAUUGAUGAUAGAGCGGUUGCUUGCGUAGUUGCGUUUGAUGUUUCCAAAACUUCCAAUAGUUGUUUUCUAAAAAAGGUUCCCCAUAGAAGGCUUUGAAGAAUUGAAGAUGAUUUAGAUACUACUCUGUAUAAUACUCUGAUCAUAUUCAAUAGAUAAAUAUGAAUUAUUGAUCGUUUAGAUAAAAAAAACAACAAGAAUUAGUGAUCGUUGAAUACCAAUAGACCAUAUAAAAUGACAGGUAUACAAGAUAAAACCGAAACUCCCGAUUAAAGAUCGCUUGUAGUGGAAGAUCAAGUCUGAGCAGAAUUCUCAAUUCUGCCAAGCCAUCAUCAGCUUGGUGCAAUGGAAAAUGAACCACGGGAUAAAGGAAGCAUACUAUGGACAACUUGGUCCAAACACAAACUAGAACUCAAACUUGAGUUACAGGACAAACAAUCUCCCAAACGACAUGAAAGAAUAUUCUUAAUUCCUCUUCAUCAAUAAUCAUCCCACGUACUCAUUCUCUACAGGCAUUUCUUUUUAUAUAGAUAACCACAACCCAUUACUUCAAUCAAAUUGCAAUCUUAAUCCCUGAAAGAUCUAAUUAAAACCGAAAGAAUGACAAAUAAAGAAAGGGCGUCACAGAUCGUGUUUUUUGACCUGGAAACUACAGUGCCCAGGAAAAAGGGGCAGAAAUUUUCGGUGCUAGAAUUUGGUGCGAUUGUGGUCUGCCCACAGAGGUUGGCAGAGAUGGAGAGCUACUGCACGCUGAUCAGGCCAGGGGACUUAUCUGUCGUGGGGGUGAGAUCGGGCCGAUCCGGUGGAAUAACACGUGGGGCUGUUGCUGAUGCUCCCCCAUUUGAGGAAGUUGCAGAGAAGAUAUUCAACAUCAUGGAUGGCCGGAUAUGGGCAGGGCAUAACAUUCAAAGAUUCGAUUGUGUUCGUAUUAAGGAGGCUUUUGCUGAGGCUGGCCUCCCUCCACCUGUCCCUGUUGGCACCAUCGAUUCCCUUACAGUUUUAACAGGGACAUUCGGAAGAAGAGCUGGAAAUAUGAAGAUGGCAACAUUAGCAGAAUACUUUGGACUGGGAGAGCAGAAACACAGGAGCUUGGAUGAUGUUCGAAUGAACUUGGAGGUCCUCAAGCAUUGUGCCACAGUAAUGUUUUUGGAGUCGAGCCACUUGGAUUUGAUGAACCACAAUGUGCGUGGACGGCCUAACGUUAUGACAAGAAGCAGAACUGAUGCAAUGGUACGUACGUAUUAUAGACGCAUGCAUGCACACGUACUAAGCUAAUAAUUAUAUUUAAUAAGCCACCUUACUUAAUUAAUACUCCGUACUAGCUCCUACUAAUUGUAUAUUAAACUAUGUAUUCUUUACUAAUAUUUAUAUCUGAUUUUGUGAGUAGGACGAAAGCUGUCACACUUCAUCAUCACCAAUGUCAACAAAAAGCGCCAAAAGGAGCUAGCUAGCUGUAUAUUUGAUGCAUUUAGGAUAGGAAUUAUAUAUUGAUCGAUGAAACUAAUAACGGCCGCUAUCAACAAUCAACGGCAACUGCGGGCAUACUUAACUCCCUUAUUAGCUCAGACCACUUUAAUUAGAAUGCAUUCUUUGAUUUUUAUUUAACUCGAAUCGAUCAUCAAUUUCUAGCUCCUCUUUCUCCACCUGUAAAUGCUUCAUCUUGUGCAAUUCUGUAGCAAUAUAAUAUUGGGAAUGAUACGUAAAAGUGUUGUAAUAACUAUAUAUGAAAAACUUCAAUUAUACGUAGGCAAAUUCCAUAGAGCCG